AGGUUGGUCGCAAUGAAGCUGGCCCUCAUCCUGGCGAUCUUGUGGCUGAACGAAGCCACCUCCAAAGAAAUGCGAGCUAGGAACAGAGCGAAAAUCAAAGCUUCCAAACCGAAAAACAUGUGCGACUUCGAACCUGCAGACAACAACAACAUCCGAUGCUUCUGCACCAAAGAGAAGUACCAGACGAUCACCUCGGCAGAGUGCUGGUUCUUUGGGCAAGUGGCCAGAGAUAACCCCAUAUGGACGCUGAUAGUCGAGUCACAACCCUAUCUUGGAGAUUUCAAGAUCGUAGCCAACAACCAAGGGCAGAUCAAGUCCAUACCGCUGGAUUUUUUGCAGAGGAUGGUGUACCUCAAGAAUCUUACUGUAUCUUACGCCAUGAUGGAUCGUCUGGAAAGAUACGCUUUCGGUAACUCUUCCUCCUUGGAGAGCUUGAAGCUGACCAAAAACCAGAUAGGGCAUCUGGAACCAUUUGCGAUCGCUUACUUGCCUUCUCUCAAAGAACUCGACUUGGAAGAGAACCGCUUACGGACCAUCGGUACUUCUACAUUCUUCUACGUACCUCAGCUCAAGUUUGUUCGCCUGAAUAACAAUAAUAUCACCAAGGUGGAGAAUGAGGCUUUCGCAGCCUUGAGCGGCGUGCUCGAGAUGGAUCUGUCUGAGAAUUAUAUUUGCGAUAUCAGUACUGACACUUUUUUCGGUUUGUCCAAGUUGAAAGUGAUCGACUUGAGUGUGAACAGGAUCAUCAGUUUGCCCACAUCGGUAUUUUCGGAAAUGUGGGACGUUGAGGACGCUUUGGAGAACAUCUUCAACGCAGCAUCCCUGGAACCCAAAUCCAACGGUUUGCGCCUCGCUUUAUCGGCACAUGAGUUCUUAUGCUUCCUGCUGAGGGAGCUGAACAAAGACUCUAACAGAAUUCCAGAUCUUGAGAAUCUGAAUGUGAUGAAAAUUGACGAGUUCUCCAGUAGCUGCAGAAAGGCGGGUUUGAAUUGUUCGAUAAUUUGCAUGUACUGCACAGGAAAUUCUUGCGAAAAUAUCGCAAACAUGUUGAUCGACUCUGAUGACGAAGACCCAGAUGAUAUCAUUCUACUGCCGACAUUUGAUGUUAUAGACGAAGAUUCCGGAGAAGAUGAAUCAGAUGCAGAAAACACAUACAAAACCAGUGAAGUGUAUCUGGACGACAACUAUAUCGAAUUCAUAUCAAAUCGAGCUUUCGAUGGCUUACGGUUCUUGAAGACAAUUAGCCUGAGGAACAAUCGCCUAACCAGGUUCCCAGCCGGUCUGCUGACUAGUGUAUUUACGCUGGUCAACCUCGACGUGAGCAACAAUAGACUAGAAACUCUGCUGUUCGAUUCCAUCGAGCAAUUCUACAAUAACCUCAUACACAAUGGGACAAUGCAGUUGAAAGGUAUGUUACAGCCAAUCAUUGAUCGAUCAUGUGAACACAAAUAGUAGAAAUAACAGGUCAUCUGAAUGUUAUGACGAGGAAUAAAAAGUGCUGUUCGGAUUAACAACAAGCACAAUUUGACAAAAAAAUUUACUCUGUUUUUGUGAUCAGUUCACACAUUCGGAUACUGUAUUGUUUAUGAAUUUUGAAUAAAAAUGUAUCAACC